AUGGCCACAGAUGACAGGUUCAACGCCCUCAUUGGACUUGAAUUCGAGGAUUUACAUGGGUGGGCAAGCCGUAUUCCUGAUGCCUUGUCAAAAUGGGGACCAAGUGAAGAGCCAACAGAGACCGGACUCAGUAUCGCAACAAGCUCAGGUUCGGCCAUUAUCACCCCCACAACCUUUUGGAAGCAUCUGGAGAAGAAUAGGCCCUCCUAUGAUCGGUUCACUGAUGGUUGUGCUUACCUUUAUGGCAAUGAUAAGUUCUGGGAACGCGAGGUUGUGGAUGGAUUCGAUUGGUCAGCCUGUGGAAAUGCCACAGUCAUUGAUGUGGGAGGGUCCCGCGGACAAGGAUCGAUUGCUUUGGCCAGAAAAUUCCCCAAUCUCCAAUUUGUCGUCCAGGACUAUGCGCAUGUUUGUGAGGAGGGCGACCUUGCGUUACCCGAAGAAUUUCGUGAUCGCAUCAAAUUCGAGGCUCAUGACCUAUUCGAGCCUCAGAGGGGUAUUGAAGGUCAUCAGGCUGUUUUUUUUCUCCGGACAAUCCUGCACGACUGGAGUGAUAGAUAUGCCUGCAAGAUCCUCCAAUCUAUAUUAGCUGGGAUGAAACCUGGAGACCGCAUCGUGCUUGUUGAAAUGAUUAUGCCCAAUCCCGGAGAAGGAGGGGAAAUGAACCAGAGAUUAGUUCGGAUGUGCGACAUGGAAAUGUGGGCUUGCUUUAAUGCGCUAGAGAGAACACCAAUGCAGUUCGAGGUGCUGGCCAAAAAAGCUGAUCCAAAGCUCCAAGUCAUCAAUAUCCAUAGCCCUAGAUGGGGUGGUCUCUCAACCAUUGAGAUCGCAUUGAGGCAAGAUUCAUUUAUGCACUUGCUUUAG